CCAUAGAGAUAGAAAAAAAGGUUGCCCUUGCCAGUCAUGUGAUUUUCACUGGCCCCACGGCUCCUUCCGCCAGGCUUUGCGCUGCCCGGGGGACGUAGAGUCCCCCCUCCCUCCCCUUGCCUAUCCUUUCCACGAAUGCCCCUCCCCCACCCACCCACCGUGGAGAAUCCGUCCAGGGGCUGCGCUCGCGCACCAGCCAUACCAUGGAGGUUUUUAUUCCUUCGUUCCGCUAUGAGGAGAGCGAAUUGGAAAGGGGCUACACGGUCUUUAAGAUCGAAGUACUAAUGAAUGGAAGAAAGCAUUUUGUUGAAAAAAGAUAUAGUGAAUUUCAUGCUCUCCAUAAAAAACUUAAAAAAUUCAUAAGAACUCCAGAAAUCCCUUCAAAGCAUGUGAGGAACUGGGUGCCCAAAGUUUUGGAACAGCGUCGUCAGGGAUUAGAAUUUUAUUUACAGAGUAUUGUUUUAGAAAAUGAAGAACUUCCCAAGAUGUUUCUUGAUUUUCUCAACGUUCGCCAUUUUCCUUCUCUCCCAAAAGCAGAAAGUUGUGGUUCUUUUGAAGAAACAGAGUCUGAAGAAUCAAGCAAACUGUCCCACCAGCCUGUGUUGCUGUUCCUAAGGGAUCCAUAUGUCUUGCCUACAGCCAAUGAUGACUUUCCAAAUGUAGUUAUUGAAGGCAUUCUCCAUGGAUUGUUUUAUCCUCACCUACAACCCAGGUAGAAAAUGGAUUUCGACGGAAAAUAAUCAGAGUAAAUUCAAGUUGUGUUCCUCGAUGCAGGGUUUUGGAGGCUUUUUUUUAAAAAGUAAAAAUCAAAAUACUGAAGCAUGAUACUGAAGCCUGUCUUCGAAGAUGGAACUUUGGGGAUUUUUUUAAUUGUAUCACUAAAAAUGGCUGCUUUUCAAGAUUAUGAACAGGGAAAAACGCUACUCGGUUGAACCUGUAUAUUAAACUCUAAAUACUUAAAUUUUAAAACCGCUGACAAAAUGCCAAAUUACACUAACUUUCAUCAUGUAUUUAUAAUUUUUGUGUCUGUGAUAAAUCAUUAUCCUAAUUCUUUUGUCUCAGCAUUGUAUCCACUGCUGGCAGAGGAUACAUAAAAUAUAAUAGCAUGGAUGACUAAAAAAUGUAAAUGUUAAAAAAUAACUACGAAAACUGGAAAUGCAAUAUAAGCUCACUGUAUCAGUAUUUCUGAUGUUAUAUCACGUAAGUAUUAUUUUAAGAACAGAGAUGCUAACAGUUUGGUUCAGUUUUAAUUUAUGUCAUAAACUCGGCUGCAAUACUUUUAUUAGCCUAUGCUUAAUGUCAUUUUGAAAAUUUUGUUAAUUUUUAACCUUUUGAAAUAUAAAUAAUAAUAAACAUGAUUAAUAAAAAUAAUUAGCCAGUCCAGGGGCAAUUCAACUUGACUCCUGUUUGCAGCUCCUGGAACUUUCCCUAAUUUUAUUUGCUAAAAAUUGAGCAGUUUCCCAAAGAUUUGAGAUGGAAGCACA